AUGUCUGUAGCUACUACUGUUGCAGGUAACAAUGAUCAAAAGAAAAGAAAUAAACCAAACUAUUUUAAAGGGAUUUAUCAAACCAUAAAAAGAAAAUUUCAAAAACCGGACGUGCAUGCUCACAGCAAAGAAUCAAUCGAGAAAAAAACUUAUUCAGAAGUAUCACUCAAAGUCAUUCAACGAACAAAUGAACUCCUCUCCAAAAUCGGCAGUGAUAUUUUCAAAGAUUUUUUUACCGAUCCAAAAGAAUCGGCAAAACAUUCAUUCGAUGCUGGAAAUGAUCCAACGUGGGUUGGUUUCUCAGAUAUGUCAAUGUCGCCAUACGACACAGCUUGGGUAGCAAUGGUCCCAGUACCCCUCUAUAAAGAAACCAAGCAACCAAAAGAUUUCAAACUUGCUUUCCCCGAGUGCUUUGAUUGGUUAUUAAGUACUCAGGACGAGAAUGGCAGUUGGGCACGUACCGGAGCUGGCAGCAUUACUGCUGGUCUUUCAGCUUUAUGUGCUUUGAGCAUGUUUAAAAAUCGUGCCGGUUCGUAUUUUGAAGAAAAACUACGAGAAUUAGGCUUCACCUUGGAGCAUUUUAAUGGUGUAUUUGAAAAAGGAGUCUUUUUUCUGCGUAACACGUUAAAUGAAUGGGAUAUUAAUGAUGUUGAUAUGACAGGGUUCGAACUUACGGUUCCAUUCCUUAUGUCACAACUGGAAAAACUCGAUCCUCCAGUUUAUUUCGAUUUCCCAGAUAAAGAGCGUCUGCUUAGUGAAAACAAACGUAAAAUGAGCUUAGUACCACUCGAAGUAAUCUUCAAAUUAGCUGCAAAGGGUCAACCGCUCACACUUACACAUACCAUUGAAGCAUUUGUUGGAAGAAUUGAUUUUUCCCGUCUUCAAAAUCCCGGAUUCCAAGCGAUAAAUGGGAGUUAUGGUUCAUCCGCAGCAGCAACGGCCGCAGUCUUAGUUGAGGCACCAAAAUGGGACGAGAAAGCACACGAAUUCUUACGAAGGAUCAUUUUACGGUGUCCAGAAUACGCACGAGUAUCCGGAUACGUGCCAACAGUAAGCGACCUUGGAUUAUUCGAAAUGUGUUGGGUGUUACAUUGUGUCGGAGAAUUGAUGUUAAGCGUUAACCAUCAGCCAGGUGCUAAUUCAGAAUAUCCACUCUUGAAACUUUCAACAAAUCUACGAUGUUUUGUUGAAUAUAUAAAAGAAUUGCUCGUGGAUCAAAAAGGCACGAUGCGAUGGGCCAGCUGGGACAACCACGUUCCAGCAGAUGUUGAUGAUACUGCGGUGGCUAAUUAUUUGAUUACACAAUUUGACCCUAGUUAUCCGAUUGAUUUUAACCUUAAAGCGAUGUUGGAUACAUUUUGGAAUGGGAAAUACUUUUCAAGUUUUGCUCGGGAACGUACACCUCGGGAACGUACACUUUCGGUCAGUUGCAACGUACAUGCUACCACUUUCAUGCUGAGUGUUCGUGAUAACGCAAAAAAGCAAUCACGAUACCCGUUAAUCGUCGAAGCCAAAAAUAGCAAUAAUUCGGUUGAAAAGGUGAAUCUUGAUGAGGUUAUUUGCUCAACAAUUAACUUUAUUUUCUCAAAACGAAAUGAAACUCAUGUUUGGCUUGAUAAAUGGAAUUUGAGCCCAUGGUAUACCACCAUGAAAUCGAUUCAACUGUUGCUAAGUCUGCAAAAAUAUCCUGACAUUUUGCAAUCAUCAGACAUUCAAACAAAUAAAAAUCUACUUGACUAUUGUCGUAAAUCAAUAGACGUUCUAUUAUCGGUGCAACAUUCAGAUGGAAGUUGGGGUCAAUCAUCAGCUGAUGCUAUUGGUAAUAUGGAAGAGACAAGUUACGCGUUGAGAUUAUUAAACGCUGCAGCUGACCAUUGGCAAGAUGAUAACCAAAUUCAAGAUGCGAUCGAAAAAGGUCGUGCCUCUUUAUUGAAAACUUUCGAUAUAUCUAUGACCGAUGAGGCGUACUUCUAUACUAAACAACCAUAUCUAUGGAUAACAAAACAGUUAUACUGUGUGCCGAGGAUAAUUAAAGCCUCGAUAUUAUUGGCUCUUUGGGAGGUUUCAAAUUCACAAAGCGAAUUGUAA